CAGUCAACAUUGUAUCGUACUCCUUCGAUCCUGACACCGAUGAUCAUUUCAUCUCUUCCCUUUUGAUCUCGAGGAAACAGAGUGUAUAUAAGUCAGACAUGCAGCGAUUCUUCUCAGUCAGAGUCGAAAACCCGUACGUACGCAGCACGUGACAGCAAUUUUUGCAGUGCAGUUGAAUAACAUGAUCCAAGAAAUGUGACUGAAUUUAAUUUGCGGAGAUCUGAAGAAAAAAAAUAAAGAGCUCACCCCAGUGUACAUCAUUAUCCUCUCCAGUGUAAAAUUAUAUUCACCAACUCUCCAGGUUGCGCCAAUUCGUGGAGCAAUGCUGAAUCAAUUCAAAUUCUGGUGGAAAACAUUCAAGUCAACGGAUGCAAGAGGUGUGACAGCGAGUUUAGCAGCGCAUUCAGGUCAGAUAUCCCUCGGCCUCUCCCAAGGUUUCAGUGCGGUGUUGAUACCAAAAUUACUCGAAUCAAAUUUGACAAGUAUAAUCGAGGCGUCAUGGAUAGCAUCACUGGGUGUUAUAUCGAAUCCACUUGGUUCUCUAAUAGCUGGCUCGACAGCCGAGUGUUUCGGAAGGAGAGCAGCAAUAGCCUUGGCUACCCUGCCCCAUGCAGCUGGCUGGUUGUUCAUAGCCUUGUCAACCAACAUAUCAAUGCUCUACAUAGGAAGAUUCAUCAGUGGAAUCGGUGCGGGAAUGGCUAAUGCCCUCUACCUCUACGUUACCGAGGUCGCAGCACCAGGUCAACGAUCCUGGCUGGCCUCAUGCGGCCCAGUAUUGGUCUCGGUGGGAGUCCUCUGCAGUUACGCCCUGGGUGCCCUCACCACGUGGCAGUGCACAGCAGCCAUCAGCAUAGCCCCGGCAAUCCUCUCCCUGGCGCUUACCCGCCUCAUCCCCGAGAGUCCCGCAUGGCUGGCCCGAAAAGGACGUCUUCCAGAGGCCCAGGAGUCACUACUCUGGUUGCGGGGCCCAGGGAUCGCCUGCGACACCGAAUACCGAGAGCUCGUUGGUGUCGCCUCUCUGGAACGCCACAAGGAUGAUAUCAAUCUCUCGUCAGCCAUUUUGCGGCCUAAUAUCUGGAAGCCAUUUGUCAUUCUCUUCGUGUUCUUUGCGCUUCAGCAGAUGUCGGGAAUAUAUAUUAUUCUUUUCUACACGGUCAAUGUUCUGAAGGAUAUUGGCGCUGAUAUCGACGAGUAUGUGGCGAGCGUUGGCAUCGGUGUUGUACGCCUGUUGGCGGCCAUUUUGGGUGCCAUAUGCGCCGGCCAUUUUGAUCGCAGAACACUCGCGUGCACGAGUGCCAUUGGCAUGGCCAUUUCUGCGCUACUCGUUGCUGUCUCCAAGAGAAUCAUUCAAGCUGGAAUUAUUCCAGAAUGGAUUCCCAUUGUAUGCGUUGCCAGUCACGUUGGCUUCUCCAUGAUCGGGUACUUGACCCUCCCCUGGGUGAUGACCUCGGAGCUCUAUCCUUUGAGGUUCAGGGGUGUCAUGGGGGGCCUCACUACUGGCAUUGCUCAGAUCAUGACAUUCACUGCUGUCAAAACUUAUCCGGAGAUCAGUAAUAUCGUUGGAAUACAGUUCGUCAUGUUGGCUUUUGGAGUUGCCAGUAUUUUUGGCGCUGUUUUCUCUUUAGCUAUUUUACCGGAGACCAGGGGUCGAAGUUUGGAGGAGAUCGAGAGGCGAUUUUCGUUGAAUUUCAAGUACUCCAGGGCGAAUGAUGUCAAGAUAUUUCUUGUCAGUAAAUUCAGCGGUUGUCAGGUGGAGAAUCCCAUUGGCAGGGACAACCCUGCCUUCCAGCAUGACACGAAGAGUGAUGACAGUUGCGUUUAGCCAGUGAUUCCCUCGUUAUUUGCUCACCGAUCAGUAUUAUAUUGUUAGUUUUAAGGUAUCGUUAAGUGUUUUUAUACGUCUUUUAUGGUAAUAAAAUUUUGUUAUUUAAUAAUUCUUGUUCCUGCGGUUGCAUUUGAGAUUUGAUUGUUGGAAUUGGCAGCCAAGGAAUGAAUAAGUCCUCAAGUCAAGCCUGCACCUGUUCUCGUGGCGGUGUAAUGUUGACAAUUCGUAUGUUUGUUUGAU